AAUUCUAAUUGAUGAGCACUUCGUGCAACUCAACUUUUUACAAGCAAGGAGAGCUGCAACAGUUUGUAUUUACCUGCCAAUCUCGGUGAGUUUUAAGCUUCCUCUGCCGUUUUCCUUCGAAGACUAAGCUUUCUGUCGCGUUUUAACGCUUCUGGAAGCGCCAAACGCAACAGAAACGCUCCUCUCAACGUACAAUUCCACGUUUCACGGGCUCCAGCAAUGGCUACACCUGGCCCGAGCGGCGCUCUUCCCAGCGAGGUGGCCGCUGAGGUCCCUUUCCAAGACGUCUGUGGCCUCAUGGAGAGGGUUCAGAAGACGAGCGGACUGGAGAAGAAGAAGAGGAUCCUGGCUUCCUUCCUGGAGAAGUGGAGGGAAGAACACACCAGGAUUCACCCUACGGACUCAGCCACAACUAAAGACACGUUCUACCCGGCGAUGCGUCUCCUGCUCCCCCACAUCGACCGAGCUCGUCCGGCGUACGGCCUCAAGGAGGUGGCCCUGGCCAAACACUACAUCGACAUACUCAACAUCUCUAAAGAGAGCACAGACGCUCAGAAACUGCUCCACUAUAGGGCCCCUCAGAAUGCUAAGCAG